AGUUUGCUUUCUAAGAUAAUUGGAAAGAGAAAGCUCAGAAGAUUUCAUUAUUAUUCAAUGAAGUUUGGUAAGGAGUUUGUAGCACAAAUGGUGCCCGAAUGGCACGAGGCUUACAUGGACUACAAUUUCCUCAAAACUUUCCUAAAAGAUAUCAUGCGCUACAAAAACAGGCCAAAACCUUCUCUGAAAGCCAGCAAUCCUCCCCUGGGAGGGAUAAAACAGGCCAUCACUUUCAGAGCUUUUAGCGGUCUCAUGAGACGAGAUAGCAGCCAUAUUCAUUCCCUUAACAAGGAAGAAGAAAUCAUACUGGUGAAAAGUAAGGAACAGGACGGAAAGGAUUCGUACGAAACCAUGUUUUUAAUGGCUGCGGAGGAAGGGCGUGAAUAUGAUGUGAUUUUCUUCAAGAGAUUAGACGAGGAGCUUAACAAAGUGAGUUCAUUUUAUCGCAGCAGAGUUGAAGAGCUUGUCAAGGAAGCGACUGAGCUGGAUAAACAAAUGUCUUCUCUGCUUGCCUUCAGAGCCAUAGUGCGCAAUAAACCUGGUCAAUGUUUUAAGACGACUGAUAUCGAGGGAAAAUCAGCUUCAGCUUCAAACCCUGGAAAAUAUUCUUGGCCUUCUCAUAUGGAAGAGAUAAAUGAAGUCAUGAUCAACGCCGACGGUACUGUCGAGACUGAAAGCAUGCACGCCAGAGCAGAAGUAAAAGCAGAUAACGAAAUUGAAAUGACCGGUCUCGGGUUCGAACCUCCCGCACCCCAAGCAGCUCCAGCUGAGAGGCAGAUCCGACACAAGUUUAGAAGUAACAAUAAACCACAUCCCAUUGAGAUUAUGAAAGAUGUAAAGAUAAGGAUUACACCAGACACCCCGCGAUCUACUAUACGAAACAUUCUCAACAAUCCGGAGAAUCAGACAUUGAGCAGAAUAGAUCUCAGGAGAGGCAACGAAAUGGUCCGCACUGCGCUCAUUGAAUUUUAUGAGAAAUUGGCCCUCGUGAAAAGUUACAGCUCGCUCAACUUGUUGGCCUUCUCAAAAAUAAUGAAAAAAUACGACAAGAUUAAUGCCACUGGAAAGGAGCUAGAGGACGAAGGAUCCAGAGUAUGUAGUCAAUGUGAAGAGGUUGUUUGCAGAAAGGCCAAGGUUGCAGGAUCAUCCGGAGAAGCUGAUGAUUUGAAAGACUUCCAGAUAUCAUUUCCAAUCAUCGCAUGA